CAUGCAUUGGGAAGUGUUAACUUUUCAGCUCGUUGUCAUCCUACUACACAUCAACUGCAUUGUUUCACAGUCAGAAAAAACCAACAGUGAAACAAAGUCGUCUGAAAUGAAACUUCCAAACGGUCAACCCGUGCGACGUACACGAUCACCAACUGUUAACAGACCGAGACCUAGAAGAGCUCGAUUUCUCCACCUAGCAAGACCACUACACAUUUAUUCCUCCGGUUUUGUGGCUGACUAUUCCAAUGUUCGGGAAUAAGACAUGUAGACUGGACUUGGAGAUACAAUUGAAUUAUCCAUUCAGCUGGGAUCAACUUCAAAUAUACAAUUGUCUUUCAGAUUACAAUCUCAGAAUGCAUUUAUGUACCAAACUGAAACUGAUGAAUUAUAAAAAAUGUGCAUUUGAAAUGAAACGCAAAUUAUGCAAACCUCGAGGGUGAAAACAACAAUGUCGAAUCGACAGUUCGACUAAUCAUGUGAUUUGGUCUUGUGAGGAGAUUCAUUGAAAGAAACGAAUUUAUGUAGAAAGAGGUCAUUGAUGUCAUAUUUAUGUAACACUUGAACUUCAAUUAAAUAAUCUUACUGGG